GACACAUGUCUCCGCUCUCCCUAAGGACAUCCUUGCUCUGUCUUCCCUGUGAAAGUGUGUCUGCGGUCUCCCUGUGUGAGACGGGCAUUCUCAGUAUUCAGGUGCCCAAGCCUGGUUAUUAAUUUAGGAAUGCUUCAUCGGGUGAAGACUAAUAUUUUAUAAUCAUGCAUUGCCUGGCUCUCUCACCGGACUUCCUGUGUCGGGCCAUUAAAACAUUGAUCUUUACCUAUUUGGCCUCAGUGUUGUUGGCUGCCUCUCAGGGCCUUUUCCCAAGGCUGGAGAACGUGGGCGCUUUCAAGAAGGUAUCCACUGUGCCUACCCAUGCCACGUGCGGAUUCCCAGGCCCCAGCACUUUUUGUCACAGCUCGAUGGCUGCUGAGAGUGUCCGUGUGUGCACCGAGAGGCUGUGUAUCCAGGACUGCCCCUACCGCUCAGCUUCUCCUCCCUAUACUGCCCUCCUAGAAGGCCUCCGAAGCUGCCUGCGUGCAGACUACCGAGAUCUCCACCCUUACUCCAGCAGCAGCGCCACGAGUUUUAUAUUCGGACGUCAUAAGGACUGCCCUUCUCUGCGGGCUCCGAGGCUGGCGCCAGAAUUUACCUUAGCCGUGUGGCUGAAGGCUGAGAGAGAAGGCGUGGCGUGUGUGAUGGAAAAGACAGUGGAUGGGCAGAUUGUGUUCAAAGUUACAAUAUCUGAGAAAGAGACCAUGUUUUAUUAUCGCACAGUAAAUGGUUUGCAGCCUCCAAUAAAAGUAAUGACACCGGGGAGAAUUCUUAUGAAGAAAUGGAUUCAUCUCAGUGUGCAGGUGCAUCAGACAGAAAUCAGCUUCUUUGUUGAUGGUUUGGAGGAGAACAAUACAGCAUUUGACACAAGAACUCUACGUGAUUCAAUUACAGACUCUGCCUUCAGCACUAUACAAAUAGGACAGAGUUUAAAUGGUUUAGAGAAGUUUGUUGGAAGAAUGCAAGAUUUUCGAUUGUACAAUGUGUCACUUACAAACAGGGAGAUUCUGGAGCUCUUUUCUGGAGAUCUCCCUCACUUGCAUAUCCAGCCACAUUGCCGCUGCCCAGGCAGCCACCCCCGUGUUCUCGCCUCUGCUCAGCAGUACUGCAUUCCAAAUGGCGCAGAAGACAGGCUGCCUCAUCAGUUGUCACGGCUGAAUCCUCAAGCCCACCCUCUGUCCUUCAUCAAUGAUGAGGACAUUGCUACCUCCUGGAUUUCCCAUGUGUUUACAAACACUACGCAGCUCAACCAAGGCGUGAUUAUUUCUGUUGACCUGGAAAACGGGCAGUACCAGGUGUUCCGAGUCAUCCUUCAGUUCUCCAGCCCAUGGCCGAUGGCAAUAAGGAUCCAGAGGAAGAAGGCAGACAGCUCUCCCUGGGAGGACUGGCAGUAUUUUGCUAGAAAUUGCAGUGUUUGGGGAAUGAAAAACAACGGAGAUUUGGAAAACCCUGAUUCUGUCAACUGCCUUCAGUUUCCUGAUGCUACCUCAGUUUCCCAUGGUACUGUCACCUUUGACCUCCUGACACCUGGGCAGAAGCAUCGUCCUGGGUACAGUGACUUUUACGAGAACUCAGUGCUUCAAGACUUCAUGAAAGCCACUCAAAUAAGGCUGCACUUCCACGGGUGGUACCAUCCAGCUGGGCGCACUGCAGACCUGAGACACAGAUACUACGCAGUGGAUGAGAUCACCAUCAGCGGGAGAUGCCAAUGCCAUGGACACGCUGAGACCUGUGACAGGACCACACGGCCUUAUCGAUGCCUCUGCUCUCCACACAGCUUCACUGAAGGGCCUCAGUGUGAUCGCUGUUUGCCUCUUUAUAAUGACAAGCCUUUCCACAGUGGUGACCACACUCAUGCAUUCAACUGUAAACCUUGUGAGUGCAACAGUCACGCCAGCAGCUGCCACUAUGACGCUUCUCUUGACCCAUUUCCUUUGGAGCACAGCAGAGGCGGAGGAGGAGUCUGUGAUGACUGCCAACAUCACACAACAGGGAGAAACUGUGAGUCGUGCCAGGAUUACUUUUACCAACCCAUUGGUGCAGAUCCCUCUGCCCUAGAUGUCUGCAAGCCCUGUGACUGUAACAGCGAGGGGACUAGAAACGGCAGCCUCCUCUGUGACCCGACUGGAGGCCAGUGUGAUUGCAAGAGACAUGUGUCUGGCAGAGAGUGCCUUCGAUGCCAGGAUGGAUUCUAUGGCCUGCAGGCACGGGAUCCUGAUGGCUGCCGCCCCUGUAACUGCGAUCCUUCUGGGACUGUGGAUGGAGACAUUACUUGUCACCAACAUUCAGGCCAAUGCUUUUGCAAAGCGAACGUUAUUGGGCUUAGAUGCACCCAGUGCAAAUUUGGAUUUAAAUUUCUCCAGAGUUUUAAUGCCGAUGGCUGUGAGCCCUGCCAGUGUAACCUCCAUGGCUCAGUGAACCAACUCUGCGAUCCAGUUUCUGGGCAGUGCACAUGCAAGAAAGAAGCCAGAGGACUUAAAUGUGACACUUGCAGAGACAACUUUUAUGGAUUGCCCUGGAGUGCUUGUAAGGCCUGUGACUGCAGCGUGGCUGGCUCCCAGGCUGGGACCGUCUGUGACCUGGAGACAGGGCAGUGCAUCUGUAAGCCCAGUGUUGGAUGGAGACAAUGCAGUCAGUGUUCGGAAGGGUUCUUCACCCUACAUCAAAAUGACUCCUCCCUCUGUUUGCCUUGUAACUGCGAGAAGACUGGGACAAUAAAUGGCUCUCUGGUGUGUGACAAAUCAACUGGGCAGUGUCCUUGCAAAUUAGGAGUGACAAGUUUGCGCUGCAAUCAGUGUCAGCCUCACAGGUUCAAUCUGACCAUGGGCAAUCUUCAAGGGUGCCAGGUGUGUGAGUGUGACCCCUUGGGGACAUCACCUGGAAGCAUUUGUGACCCUGUCAGUGGCCAGUGUCUAUGUCUACCACAUCGACAAGGAAGAAGGUGUGAGCAGUGUCAGCCAGGCUUUUAUAUUUCUCCUGGCCAUGCAGCUGGCUGCCUGCCCUGCUUAUGCCACACAGCUGGAGCCGUGAGCCACAUCUGUAACAAUGUCACCGGGCAGUGCUCUUGCCGUGAUCCUUCUACUACUGGGCAGAGCUGUUGCCAGUGUCAAGACCAUUACUUUGGAUUUGAUACUGAGACUGGAAGAUGCCAGCCUUGUCUUUGUCAUCUGGCAGGAGCCUUGAAUGGAACUUGUGAUGUGGUCACAGGCCAGUGUUUCUGCAAAGAGUUUGUGACUGGCUCCAAGUGUGACACCUGUGUUCCUGGUGCAAGCCACUUGGAUGUCAACAAUCUAUUAGGCUGCAGCAAAACUCCCUCCCAGCAACCUCCACCCAGAGGACAAGUUCAAAGUUCUUCUGCCAUCAAUCUCAUCUGGAGUCCACCUGAUUUUCCCAAUUCCCACCGCCUUACUUACACUCUGUUCAGGGAUGGUUCCGAGAUCUACACAACUGAAGAUCAACACCCAUACUCUACUCAGUACUUCUUGGACACUAGUCUGUCACAACGCACAUCAUAUUCCUAUCAUAUAGAGACCUCCAGCGUGCAUGGUUCAGCAAGGAGCAUAUCUGCCAUUUAUAAGACGAAGCCAGAGGUCUCAGAAGGACAUUUGAACUUGACUCAUGUCAUUCCUGUUGGCUCUGACUCUGUGAUGCUUACCUGGACUGGACUCUCCAAUCACUCUGGUUCUAUAGAGAAAUAUGUUUUAUCAUGCACACCUGUGGACAGCACUGAGCCCUGUGUCUCCUAUGAAGGUCCAGAAACCUCAGCUACCAUCGGGAAUCUGGCUCCAUUCACCCAGUAUCGUUUUUCUGUACAAGGAUGUACUAGUCGGCACUGUUUACAUAGCUUGCCCAUUAUAGUAACCACAGCCCAGGCUCUUCCCCAAAAGCUGGAGCCACCUGCAGUAUGGAAAAUCAGUUCCACAGAACUCUGUGUAGAAUGGUCUCCACCAGUGGAACCAAAUGGUAUAAUUGUAAGGUACGAAUUGUACAUGAAGAGAUGGUUGUCUACUAAAGAAAGUCUAGUGUUGCAGAGAAGUGGGUCGGUGAGCCCUCACCCAGCUUCAAAGUCAGCCAACAACAUUGAGAACCGAUACCAGCCUCCCCAAGUCACCGCGUCCGUCUCCGGCUUGGAGCCACACACAGAGUAUGCAUUUAGGAUCUUAGCUGUGUAUAUGGCUGGCAGUGUGUCAUCUGCCUGGGCCUCAGAAAGAACAGCAGAAUCAGCACCUGUGUUCAUGUUUCCUCCUUCGGUCUCUCCACUCUCAUCGCACUCACUCAGUGUCUCCUGGGAGAAGCCAGCAGAACACAUUUCAAGAGGAGAAAUUAUAGGGUACAACAUCAGCAUGGUUUCUGAACGUUCCCCCCAACAAGAUGUUCCUGUAAUGCAUUCAAAGCUGUUGCAUUCUGCUAAGUCACAAGACCUAUCUUACAUCGUAAAGGGACUCAAGCCUUAUAGGAUCUACACCUUUACUGUCUCCCUCUGCAAUUCAGUGGGCUGUGUCACCAGUGCUUUGGGAGCAGGGCGAACUCUAGCAGCGGCUCCUGCUCAGCUAAUGUCUCCAAUGGUGACAGGAGUCAACAGCACCACAGUCCAUAUCAGGUGGCUCCCUCCUGCAGAAGUCAACGGCCCAUCUCCUCUGUACCAUCUAGAAAGGAGGAGCUCCUCUCUCCCAGCUCCCAUGGCUGCUAUGACAAAGGGGACCCGCUUUGUGGGAGAUGGUUACUGCAGAUUUCCAAGAACAGCUCACCCAGACUUUAUAGGCAUCAAGGCCAGCUUCCGGACAAAGGUGCCUGAAGGGCUGAUCGCCCUUGCAGUGUCCCCUGACAACCAAGAAGAGUACUUUGCCCUGCAGUUGAAGGAUGGCCGUCCUUAUUUUCUUUACAAUCCCCAGGGAUCACUAGUGGAAGUUACUACAACUGCUGAUCAGAAUAAACAAUACAGUGAUGGACAGUGGCAUGAAAUCAUUGCCAUCAGGCAGCAGGAUUUUGGCCAAAUCACUCUUGAUGGGCGUUACACAGGCUCCGCGGCUUCUCCGAAUGGGAACACCACGAUGGGAGGCUACACUGGACUGUUUCUGGGCGGGGCUCCACAAGGUCACAGCAUCCUCCAGAAGAGGCUUGAGAUAACCCAAAGAGGCUUUGCAGGCUGCCUCAAGGAUGUGUCCGUCAUGAAGCGUUAUAGCCCCUCUGGUACCUGGGUCCCUCUGGAUUGGCAGAGCUCUGAGAAGCCGGUCCAUGUGCAUCACAGCUGGGAGGGCUGCCCAGCUGCCCUGGAAGAUGGAGCCCACUUCCUGGGAGCAGGAUUCCUGGAGCUUCGUUCAGAUACAUUUCAUGCUGAAAAGAACUUUGAGAUUUCCCUCAAGUUUCAGACCAACCAACGAAAUGGAUUGCUUCUUUUCAUUCACAACAAAGAGGGACCGGAUUUUCUUGCUAUGGAGCUGAAGAGUGGACUGCUGAGCUUCCGGUUACAUUCCUGCUUUGUCUUUACUCAAGUGAGUCUCAGGCUGGGCCUGGCGUGCUGCGGUGGAAAGUGGAACACAGUCAUUAUCAGAAAGGAAGGCUCCGCGGUGUCAAUUGGGGUAAAUGAACUCAUGGAGCAGACAGCACAGGCUCCAGACCAGACCCCGUUGCUGAAUUCGCCCGUCUAUGUGGGCGGAAUCCCGCCUGAGCUGCUGGACUCCUACGGACACUUGACUCUGGAGCAAGGGUUCCACGGCUGCAUAAAAGAGGUUGCAUUUACACUGGGUGCUGUCGUUAACUUGGCAUCUGUGUCCAGCCGUGCUGUCAGAGUCAAUCAGGAUGGAUGCCUAUCAAAUGACAGUACUGUUAACUGUGGGGAAAAUGACUCCAUCCUGGUUUAUCAGGGAUGCCGGCAGAGUACUUACGAGAGCAGUCUCCAGCCCUUUACAGAAUACCUAUAUCGGGUCACAGCCUCACAUGAAGGAGGCUCGGUGUCGAGCGAUUGGAGUUGGGGACGCACGACGGGCACAGCUCCACAGAGUGUGCCAACUCCCUCAAGAGCCCACAUCAUAAAUGGAUAUAGCGUUGAGGUGGCCUGGGAUGAACCUGCUGUGGUGAAAGGUAUCCUGGAGAAGUACAUUCUGAAAGCCUAUGGUGGCGACAGCCCCCGGCCCCGCGUGCCCUCUGCCAGUGCUGAGCUCGAUGACACCAACGUCCGAACAGGCAUAUUGACAGGACUGCGUCCUUUCCACAGCUAUGCAAUAACCCUGACUGCUUGUUCUCUUGCGGGCUGCACCGAGAGCUCACAUGGAUUGAGCAUCUCCACUCCACAAGAAGCACCCCAAGAGGUUCAGACACCCGUUGCCUUGUCCCUUCCAAAUUCCUUGUCACUGUCCUGGCGUCCUCCUAGGCAAGCAAAUGGGAUUAUUACACAGUACUCCUUAUACGUGGAUGAGAGACUGGUCUACACAGGCAAGGAACGGAACUACACAGUCACAGAUUUAAGAGUAUUCACAUCCUACCAGGUUAUACUUGGUGCAUGCACACAUGUGGGGUGCACAAACAGUUCCCGGGUCAUCCUGCAUACAGCACAGCUGCCACCAGAACAAGUGGAUCCCCCGAUUUUGGCUGUCCUGGAUUCUAGAACUAUGCAUGUACAGUGGAACCAACCAAGGCAGCCAAACGGAAUUCUGGAGCGCUACCUAUUAUAUACUUGGAAUCCUACAAGUAACUCUACAGUGUGGAGUGUUGUCUAUAACAGCACAGACAGCCUUCAGGCUCACGUGCUCCGGCACCUUUCCCCUGGAUGUCCGUACCUCAUCAAGCUGGGAGCGUGUACAAGCGGUGGCUGUGCAACGAGUGAGCCCAGCCAGGCCCUAAUGGAAGAGACGGUUCCAGAAGGUGUGCCAGCCCCCACAGCCCACUCCUACUCUCCAGACUCCUUUAACCUCUCCUGGACGGAGCCUGGGUAUCCAAAUGGUGUGAUCAUAACUUACAGGCUGUUCCUGGAUGAUGCUCUAAUCCACAAUUCUUCAACACUCAGCUGCCAUGCCCAUGGAUUUGAUCCUGGGAGCUUACACACCUUCCGAGUCCAGGCAUGCACGGCCAAGGGUUGUGCUCUGGGACCAUUGGUAGAAAAUCGGACUCUAGAAGUUCCUCCCGAAGGCGUGGUCAAAGUGCUUGUCAAAACCGAGGGAUCCCGGGAAGCCCUUGUGCAGUGGGAAGCACCUCUCCACCCUAAUGGGCACUUAGCCUACUCAGUCCUUCUUACUGGAAGCUUCUAUGCAGAUCAAGCAGGUGACAACUACACCCUUCUCAGAGGCACAAAAACCAUCCGCAGCAGCGAAGGAAACCGGCUCUGGGUGCUGGUGGACAGACUGGUUCCUUGCUCGCACUACAUGGUACAAGUGAAUGCUUCCAACAGCCGGGGAAGCCUGCUCAGUGACCCUGUCUCCAUUGAAAUGCCUCCAGGGGCUCCAGAUGGUCCUCUGUCUCCCAGGCUUGCAGCUGCCACGCCAACCAGUCUUCAGGUUGUCUGGUCUCCACCAGCUCGCAACAACGCUCCAGGCUCUCCCAGAUACCAGCUCCAGAUGAGGCCUGGCCACUCCACCCGCGGCCUUCUAGAAUUAUUUCCUGAUCCUUCUGAAUUGUUAAACUAUGAAGUGAGAGAUCUCCAGCCGUUCACGGUGUACGAGUUUCGGUUGGUUGCCACCAACGGCUUUGGCAGUGCGCACAGUGCGUGGAUUCCACUCAUGACCGCAGAGGACAAGCCUGGACCCAUGGAUGCUCCAGUCCUUCUGGAUGUGAAAGCAAGAACCAUGUCAAUUGUCUGGCAACAGCCUGCAAAGUGCAAUGGGGCCCUUACGCAUUACAACAUCUACCAGCAUGGCCAUCUGUACCGAACAGCCUCUGGGAAUGUCACUAACUUCACUGUGGUCCAUCUACACCCUCUCACGGCCUAUCAGUUCCAGGUAGAAGCCUGUACCUCCAAAGGGUGCUCCAAGUCACCAGAGUCUCAGACUGUGUGGACACUCCCAGAAACACCAGAAGGCAUCCCCAGCCCAGAAGUAUCCUCAUCCUCCCCGACAUCCAUCAUCCUAUCUUGGCAACCCCCAACACAUCCCAGGGGCUUGGUUGAGAACUUUACCAUCGAGAGGCGAGUCAAAGGGAAAGAGGAAGCUACGAUCCUGGUGACUCUCCCAAGAAGUCGUGCCGUGAAGAUUAUUGACGACGACCCUGCCCUUAGCCCUUGGACACGAUAUGAAUACCGGGUCCUGGGGAGGACUCCUGAUGGAAGUGUAAACAGCAGCACUUGGGUAGAAGUUACCACAAAACCCUCCCGUCCUUCAGGAGUGCAGCCUCCCAUGGUGCGUGUGCUAGGACCAGAUUCAGUCAAGGUCACUUGGAACGCCCCACUCAUCCAGAAUGGAGACAUACUGAACUAUGAGAUCAGAAUGCCUGACCCUCUCAUCAAAAUAACCAACGUGUCCUCAAGCGUGUUGAGCCAUCUAGUCAAGCGUCUGAUUCCUUUCACUAAUUAUUCGGUCACCAUUGUCGCUUGCUCCGGAGGUAAUGGAUACCUUGGAGGGUGCACGGAGAGUCUACCCACCGUGGCUGCUACCCACCCAGCCCUGCCUCAGGAACUGGGCCCAUUGUCGGUGAUUCUUCUAAGUGAAUCUUAUGUUGGGAUUUCUUGGCAACCACCUGCCAAACCAAAUGGACCAAAUUUGAGAUACGAGCUUCUGAGACGUAAAAUCCGGCAGCCACUCGCUUCAAAUCCCCCAGAAGAUUUAAAUCUGUGGCACAAUAUUUAUUCAGGAACUCGGCGGUUUUACAAAGAUAAGGGUCUUAGCAGGUUUACAACGUAUGAAUAUAAGCUCUUUGUACACAACAGCGUGGGAUUUACACCAAGCCAAGGAGUGACAGUGACCACCUUAGCAGGCUUUCCGGAGAGAGGUGCUGCUGUCACCGCAAGCGUCCUUAACCACACAGCCAUAGACGUGAGAUGGGAGAAGCCAACUUUUCAAGAUCUACAAGGCGAUGUGGAAUAUUACACACUGUUUUGGAAUUCUGAGACCUCAGACGAAUCUCUGAAAUUCUUCCCCGAUGCAGACUCUUCUGUCAUCCGCCACUUAGCUCCCAACACAGAGUAUCAGAUCUUUCUCUACGUUUUCAAUGGGGUUCAUGGAAUCAACAGCACAGCAGUGCGUGUGACCACGUGUCCUGAGGAGCCUCAGGGCAUGCUUCCUCCAGAGGUUGUCCUCCUCAACAGUACAGCUGUACAUGUCAUCUGGACGUCUCCUUCAAAGCCAGACGGCACUGUUGCCACGUCUUCUCUCUAUGUAAAUAAUAAGCUCUACAAGGCUGGAAUGGAUGUGCCGGGAUCGUUUAUUCUAGAAGGUCUCUCUCCCUUCACUGCCUAUGACAUUCAGGUGGAAGUCUGUACAAAAGGUGCCUGCGUGAAAAGCAAUGGAACCCAAGUCAGCACUGCGGAAGAUACUCCAAGUGACAUUUCAAUACCUAUAAUCCGUAAUAUUACUUCAAGAUCCCUUCAGAUAGAAUGGACGACACCAGGAAAUCCAAAUGGUAUCAUUCUGGGAUACGCUCUUUUGCGGAAAACACGGCAUCCAUGCCCUGGAACCCAGAAGUUAAGAGAGAAACUUAGUGAUAAGCUAUGCCAAGGGGUCAAGUGCCAACACCCUGACAAUAUCUGUGGGCACACUUGCUAUUCUCCAGAAACUAAGGUUUGCUGUGCCGGGCUUCUGUACGACCCUCAGCCUGGCUACAGCUGCUGUGAAGAUAAGUACAUCCCAUUCCUUCCCAAUUCCACUGGAGUUUGUUGUGGGGGCCGAAUCCACGAGGCCCAGCCGGACCACCAGUGCUGCUCUGGCUCCUACGCUAGGAUCCUUCCAGGAGAGAUAUGCUGUCCAGAUGAGCGGCACAAUCGAGUUUCCAUCGGCUUGGGUGAUGCUUGCUGUGGCAGAAUGCCUUACACCACUUCUGGGAGCCAGGUGUGCUGUGCGGGGAGCCUCCGCGAUGGCUAUGGGCAGCAGUGUUGCGGGGGAGUGAUGGUGAGCCAGGAUCUCAAAUGCUGCGGUGGAGGAGAAGAGGGCGUGGUAUACAGUUACCUCGCAGGAAUGCUGUGUUGUGGGCAGGAUUAUGUGAAUAUGUCAGAUACCAUAUGCUGCUCAGCUUCCAGUGGAGAGUCUAAAGCACAUGUUAAAAAGAAUGGCCCAGUGCCAGUAAAAUGCUGCGACACUGAACUUAUUCCAGAGAGCCAGCAAUGCUGUAAUGGAGUUGGAUAUAACCCUUUGAAAUAUGUUUGUUCUGAUGAGAUUUCAACUGGAAUGGCGAUAAAGGAGACCAGAGUAUGUGCAACUCUCUGCCCAGCGUCCAUGGAAGCCACAGCACAUUGUGGCCAGUGUGACUUCAAUGCCACCACACAUAUCUGCACUGUGACGAAAGGGCCUCUCAGUCCCACGGGGAAGGUAUCAGAAGAAGGACUGUGCUCUACAGCAGAGGAAAUAGUUUAUUCCGGAGAUGCAAACACACGGUCUUUCACAGACUCAGAACUUGAGCCCAGUACCGUGUAUGAAUACAGGGUUUCCGCGUGGACCAGCUGCGGGCGAGGAUUCAGCCAGUCUGUUAGAGUCAGCACAAGAGAAGAUGUGCCUCAAGGGGUCAGGGCCCCUCGGUGGGCCAGAACAAGGAACCAUGAAGAUGUUAUUUUCUUAAACUGGAAGGAGCCCAGGAAGCCAAAUGGUCCUAUUAUUCAGUAUAUUCUUCUCCGAGACGGAAGGGAGUGCUUUCGGGGAACAGCACUAAGUUUCACCGACACGCGGGGGAUUCAGCCACUCCAGGACUAUUCAUACCAGCUGAAAGCUUGCACAGCUGCUGGGUGUGCCAUCAGUGCCCAGGUAGUCGCUGGUACCACCCGAGGAAUCCCAGAUAGUGUCUCGCCACCAGACAUCACAGCCCAGAGCUCGGAGACACUGCUCCUCAGCUGGAGUGUCCCUGAGAAAACGAAAGAUGUCAUUAAAGAGUACCAGCUCUGGCUGGAUGGGAGAGGACUCAUCUAUGCUGACACGAGUGACAGGAGGCAGCAUACGGUCACAGGUCUCCAGCCGUACACCAACUACAGCUUCACAGUCGCUGCUUGUACCUCUGCCGGAUGCGUUUCCAGUGAGCCCUCUGUAGGGCAGACUCUGCAGGCUGCCCCUCAAGGAGUUUGGGUGACACCUCGACAUAUUAUCAUCAAUUCUACAACCGUGGGAUUAUAUUGGAAUCCUCCAGAAAGGCCCAACGGCCUCAUUUCUCAAUAUCAGCUGAGGCGUAAUGGAAGCUUGCUUCACGUGGGUGGCAGUGAUGAACAGAGUUUCACUGAUAAAAACCUGGAGCCCAACAGCAGGUACAUUUACAAGUUAGAAGCAAAAACCAGAGGUGGUAGCGGUGUGAGUGAGGACUAUCUUGUCCAGAUGCCUGAGUGGACCCCAGGAGACAUCCAUCCCCCGUGUAACAUCACUGUACUGGGCUCUGAUUCCAUAUUUGUAGCAUGGCCAACACCAGGGGUCCUGCUUCCCCACGUCCCGGUGGAGUACAGCAUCUUGCUCAGCAGUGGAGGUGGGAUGCCUUUAACCUUCUCCGCUGGGCACCGUCAAUCUGCCCAUCUGAAGAACUUGACUCCGUACACACAGUAUGAAAUAAGGAUACAAGCCUGCCAGAACGCAGGCUGUGGAGUUAGCAGUAGGAUGUAUGUCAGAACCCACGAAGCACCACCGGCGGGCCUACCGUCCCCUCUUCUGAAGGCUUUGGGGUCAUCCUGCAUAGAGGUUAAGUGGACGCCACCUAAGAGACCCAACGGAGUCAUCACCAGCUAUGUCAUUCACAGGCGCCCUGCUGACACUGGGGAAGAGUCUGUCCUCUUUGUCUGGUCGGAAGGAGCUCUUGAGUUCACCGAUGAUGCGGACACCCUGCGGCCUUUUACACUCUAUGAGUACAGAGUGAGAGCCGGGAACUCCAAGGGUGCGGUGGACAGCCUGUGGUCAGCGGCACAGACCCUGGAGGCCCCACCUCAAGACCUCCCAGCUCCAUGGGCUCACGUCACCAGUGCGCAUUCAGUUCUGCUAAACUGGACAGAGCCAGAGGCUCCUAAUGGCAUCAUCUCCCAGUACCAUGUGAUCUACCAAGAAAGACCAGAAGAGGGAACACUUAGCAGCUCCACCGUGCAUGCUUUCACAGUGACGGGAACAAGCCAUCAGGCCCAUCUUUUUGGAUUAGAACCGUUCACAACGUAUCAUGUUGGUCUGGUAGCUGCCAACAGUGCAGGAGAAGUGUCAAGCCCCUGGACCCUGAUUAAAACUUUCGAAUCUUCCCCAAGUGGGCUGAUCAACUUUACAGCGGAGCAGAGAGAAAAUGGCCGAGCUUUGCUACUGCAAUGGGCAGAGCCAGUGAGAACCAAUGGAGUGAUCAAGGCGUAUAACAUCUUCAGCGAUGGGCUCCUGGAGUACUCCGGCCUGGGCCGACAGUUCCUCUUCAGGCGCUUGACCCCCUUCACUCCCUACACCCUGACCCUGGAGGCCUGCACAGCAGCGGGCUGUGCUCACUCUACACCCCAGCCUCUCUGGACAGAGGAAGCCCCUCCAGAUUCUCAGAUGGCUCCCACCAUCCUGUCUGUGGAGCCCACCAAUGUAAGGCUGCACUGGUCUCGGCCAACUAACCCAAAUGGGAAGAUAAUUCGUUAUGAAGUGAUUCGCAGACACUUGGAGAGAGAGGACUGGGGAAAUGAGACGACACAGGCCGAUGAGAACGGUGUUUUCACAGAGUAUGGCACGGAAGGGGAGGAAUGGGUGUACAAUGACACGGGCCUGCAGCCAUGGAGGCACUAUACCUACAGAAUCUGCGCCUGGAAUUCUGCAGGGCACACCUGUAGCGCUUGGACUGCGGUAAGGACGUUGCAGGCACCCCCAGAAGGCCUCUCCCCACCAGAGAUAUCCUAUGUGUCUAUGAAUCCCCCCCAGCUGCUGAUUUCCUGGCUUCCACCCCAAUACCCUAAUGGCAUCAUCCAGUCCUACAGGCUUAGAAGGAACGGAGUGCUGCAUCCAUUCAGUUUCAGCGCCAGCACCGUCAACUACACUGACAGCCAGUUGCUUCCCUUUUCCACUUACUCUUACGCAGUCCUUGCCUGCACAAGUGCUGGCUGCUGUACCAGCGAACCCAGCAGCAUCACCACUCCCGAGGCACCUCCGUCAGGAGUCAGCCCUCCAGUUCUUUGGGCCAUCAGCGCCCACCAGAUAAAUGUGUCUUGGUCACCGCCAUCAAUCCAAAAUGGAAAGAUUGUUAAAUAUUUGCUUAGAUGUGAUGGUCAGGAGUACCAGGCUGGCCAGGGCCUGUCCUUUCUGGUUUCCAACCUGCAGCCUUCCACUCAGUACAAUAUCUCCCUUGUGGCCUGUACGAAUGGAGGAUGCACUGCUAGUGGGCAGGCAUCCACCUGGACAAUGGAGGCCCCACCAAAGGACAUGGAUCCCCCAAUACUGCAAGUCACAGGCUCAGAAUCAAUAGAAAUUACAUGGAAACCGCCAAGAAACCCACAUGGCCAGAUCAGAAAUUAUGAGCUUCGGAGAGAUGGAGCCAUUGUGUUUACAGGGCUAGAAACUCGCUACCAUGAUUUUACCCUUACUCCGGGUGUGGAGUAUGGCUAUUCCGUGACUGCCACCAACAGCCAGGGAAGUGUCAUGAGCCCCCUUGUCAAGGGUCAAACGAGCCCUUCAGCGCCCUCAGGUUUAGAGCCUCCAAAGCUGCGUGCUGGGGGUGACCUUGACAUCUUAGUGGACUGGGACGCUCCAGUGAGGACAAACGGUGAAAUCAUCAACUACACCCUCUUCAUCCGUGAGCUGUUUGAAAGCGAAAUCAGAACUAUGCACAUUAAUACAUCGCAUAGCUCUUUUGGUCCUCGGUCACUCACAGUAAAGCACCUGAAGCCGUUUCACAGGUAUGAAGCGCGUGUCCAAGCCUGCACUGCCCUCGGAUGUGCCUCUAGCGAGUGGACAUCUGCCCAGACCACAGAGGUCCCACCUCUGAUGCAACCAGCCCCACAUCUGGAUGUGCGGACAGCUGCAGGGGGAUUCCAGCCCAUAGUAGCUGUGUGGUGGGCAGGACCACUCCAGCCAAAUGGGAAAAUCAUAGGCUUUGAAUUGUACAGAAGACACAUAGUGGCUUGGCCUGAGACAUCCAGUCCACUGCCAGUCUACAAUGGAAGCCUAAGCUCAUUUGUGGAUUCGGAGCUCCUGCCUUUCACAGAGUAUGCGUAUCAGGUAUGGGCAGUGAACUCUGCAGGAAAAGCCCCAAGUAACUGGACACGGUGUAGAACUGGACCUGCCCCACCAGAGGGUCUCAAAGCGCCCACAUUCCACAGUGUCUCCUCCACCCAAGCAGUGGUCAACAUCAGCGCACCUGCGAGGCCCAAUGGGAACAUCAGCCUCUACAGGAUCUUCUCCAACUCCGGUGGAACUCACACGACGCUGUCUGAAGGCAUGGCCACCCAACAGACCCUUCAUGACCUGAGACCCUUCACCACAUACGCCGUUGGGGUUGAGGUCUGCACCUGUUCCAACUGCUGCAGCAGAGGGCCAACAGCCGAGCUGAGGACCCAUCCUGCCCCACCUUCAGGACUGGAUCCACCACAGGUCCAGACACUGGGCUCAAGGACAGCCUCCUUCCUGUGGGCCCCGCCUCUGCUCCCUAAUGGUGUCAUUCACAGCUAUGAACUGCAGCUGCAUUGGCCUUGCCCUCCUGAUUCAGCCCCGCCCUGCACUCCCAGCCACACAGAGAGGAAGUACUGGGGUCCUGGGCACAGAGCCAGCCUGGUGGGGCUGCGGCCUUAUACUGCCUACGGGGUACAAGUGGUGGCCCACAAUGAGGCGGGCAGCACGGCUUCCGGGUGGACCAGCUUCAGCACCGAGAAGGAAAUGCCUCAGUACCUAGCCCUGUUUUCAGUGGACAGCAAUGCAUCCACAGUGUGUGUGAACUGGAGUGGCACUUUCCUCUUGAACGGCCAGCUAAAGGAGUAUGUGGUCACCGAUGGAGGACAGCAGGUGUACAGCGGCCUGGACACCACCCUCUACAUACCAAGGACAGUGGACAAAACUUUCUUCUUCCAGGUCACCUGCACAACAGACAUUGGAAGUGUUAAGACUCCAUUGGUCCAGUAUGAUGUCACUACUGGAUUUGGCCUGGUGCUGACAACUCCUGGAGAAAAGAAGGGAGCAGGGACCAAAAGCACGGAGUUCUACAGUGAGCUGUGGUUCAUCGCAGUAAUGGCAGUGCUGGGCCUGCUCCUGCUGGCCAUUUUUCUGUCCUUGAUUCUACAAAGAAAACUCCAUAGGGAGCCAUGUGUCAGAGAGAGACCUCCCUUGGUACCUCUUCAGAAACGAAUGACCCCUCUGAGUGUCUUCCCACCGGGGGAAACCCAUGUGGGAAUAGCCGAUACCAGAAUCCCUCGGUCUGGGACGCCUCUGAGUAUCCGGAGCAGCCAAAGUGUGUCUGUACUGCGGAUCCCGAGUCAAAGCCAAGUCAGCCAAAGCUACUCCCAGGGCUCUCUCCACCGCAGUGUCAGCCAGCUCAUGGACAUCGCAGACAAGAAGGUUGUGACAGAUGAUUCACUGUGGGAAACUAUUAUGGGCCACAGCAACGGACUGUAUAUGGAUGAAGAGGAACUAAUGAAUGCCAUCAAGGGCUUCAGCUCAGUGACCAAGGAACACACCACCUUCACCGACACCCACCUAUAAAGAAUGGACAUUAGAACACAGAACCUGGGUGCAUGUUCCGUGCCCUGCUCUUUCCGGUUAUCACCACGUGUGAUAAAAGCUGAAAAACACUUAAAGAAACAAUUUUUUAAAUUCUUCCUAAUAGAGACCUAAAAAAGGUUAUUUCUCUGGUUGUCUCAAAUAAGGAACUGUAUCCACACCUGAAUGCUUUGCUGGGCUCUACCCAUGACACUGCUGGUUAAAGGCACAUUCCAGCCCAUUUCAAGAUGAUGCGCACUUGU